GGUGUGCUCUUGUGGUUAGCCCUCUUGCUGUUCGUCGCGCUCUCUGGUCUGCGCGACGCGCUCACCAGCCCAAUCGUCGCUCAUGGAGACAUUCUUCAAGAAGAAAUCGCGUCCAAGAGUGUCGUCGCUUUCCGCCCAGGACGCUCAGGAACGCUCUUCACGUCCGCAAUCGUACAGUUCCGUUGCUACGACUCGGUCAGACUCUAGCCGGCAAUCCCGCCAUCCUCAUCCCUCCAUGUCUCCCUCCGACAGCAGCCAUCCCCACCUCUCCAGCCUCUCCUCGCACCUCCAUCGUUUCGGCGCCUCAGAUGAGUUCUACUUCCCCAGGCCAGAGAACGAGGAGGAAAUCGAGGCCUUGUUCCAGAACAUCGUCCAACUGCGCGGCCUCGCCGUGCCUAACCUCACUAUCGACCAGAAGUGGCACAUCGUAUACAAUGACGAGCAGAUUCGGUGGAAGGAAGAAAAGCAGCGCGAGGAGCAGGCCAAGAAACAGGUUGAGGCCGGCCAGUCGCCUGCCUUCAUAGAGGGUACCCCGGAGUGGUACAUCCGGAAAUUUGUCGACAAGACUAUCACCGCGAAGCAGGCCGCCGGCCUGAACGUCUCGCUGCGCAGCAAAGAACUGAUUUGGUUUAAACAAUUCGUGACCUGCCAAGGUACAUCGGUGCUCGCGCAGACUCUCAGUCACAUCAGUCGCAAGGGUGCUCAAAGACGGAAGGAGGAUAUUGAUCUUGAAUAUGAGGUUGCAAAGUGUCUCAAGCACAUCUUUAACCACUCGUUUGCAGUCCAGGCCAUUCUUUCACAUCAUCAAGUCGUAACACAACUCGCGUCGUCUCUUAACACGCCACACUUGCCCACACGGAAGAUCUUAAUUGAGGGGUUGGUCGGCCUUGCAUACUUAAACAAUCAUGCAGCACAUCCGCUUGUCGUCACAGCGUUAGAAUCCCUCAGUACUGCCAAUGACGAGCCUGCAAACCCAUACUCAUACUGGUUCAAGUCUUUGGAGACGGCGCUCGCUGGUAGAGGUAGGAUGGGCACGUUGGUCGGCGCGAGCGAAGAAGUGAAGAGACACGGUGGCAUCGAUAGCUCACUGAAUGACUAUGCGCUGGCCAAUCUGUUUCUCGUCACUGGUAUAUUGGAUGGAUAUGAUGACCUAGAUCUCCGACUGCACCAUCGUGCCCAGAUGGAAAGCGCAGGAUUGCAGCGGGUGAUAUUGCAGUGUCAAGCGUUCGGCGUCUCGGGCGUGGACAAACAGCUCGACGUACUGCAGCGCCUGCUCGAGGACGACGAGCGGAAGCUGAAGGAGCGGAUGGAUGCGGAGAUCUUACGCGACCUCGCAAACCCCGAGGACGUGUAUGAGGCGCUGCAAGCACGCACGAAACAUUCGAAAGCAAAAGACUACUUGCUAUCCGUAAUGCAACAUCUGUUGCUUAUCCGCGAGGAAGGGCCCGAUCUGGUGCACUACUACCAGAUCAUCGACUCGAUCGUCACGGAUAUUGUCAUGGACAAGAAGCUAGCGCGGGGAGAGCAACGGCUCGGACAGUCUGUAUCGAGGAUCAUAGCGCAACUGAACGAGGCGGAUAGAUACCAGGACGUCGAGGACGAGCUCGCUAGGGCGCAUGCUGCCGCUCUCAAAUAUCGCCUAGAAAAGGAAGCCCUGGAGGAAGAACUCGCGCAAGGCGAGGACGGUCUCGUAGGGGCUUUGAAAACCAAGGUUGUCCGACUGGAAGAGAAGCUGCAAAUAUCGCGCGACAAUACCGCGAGGUUGCAAUCGCAGCUUGAGACGCAGAAGGCGGGAUAUGAAGAGCAGAUUGAGCAGCUGGAGGCGCAGAUCAUGGAGCUGUUCCGCAUGCUGAAAGAAGUCAGUAAGGGACGCGUGGACAAGGCGUUUGACCACGCUGGUGCCAUGGAUCGCAAGACCCUUAUAGAGACUCUGGAGAGACACCUCGAAAGGGACAAGACCAUUAGCAUACUAGAAGGUCGGGACAAGCGUCGGCGCCGUAAGCAAUCUACGGAUAUACAAGAAGACGAGGUUUCUGAAGAAGACGAGAACGCGCCGAGGAAAUCUGGCGGUGUCCACAAGAGACAUCCACAUCACUCUAAAGGCCAGUCGAUGCACUCGCACGCUUCCAGAGCAUCCGACGCGGCAAAUGGGCACCCCUCGCAGUUUAUGGAUGCCGACGAUGCCAUUGUGCAAGAGCAGAUACAGCAGCAGAUUGCAGAGGGUGCUAUGUACUCGAACCGUGGGGGCCCAUCGUCGAGCCCACGAAGUGUACGAGGGUCUCCUCGGCGCAAGGGCGACCGACCUCCCCUCACCGAACACAACGGUUCGACCUCGAAGUUGAGCAAUGUCGUGGUGUCUUUAGACGACCGCGCGAGUGAGCGCAGCGUCGAUUCUGCUGAUCUCGGUGACGAGCAAGAUCUAGAGAGCGAGUAUGCGCCAACAGCGUCGAUCAGAAGUAGGUCAUCUGCACUGACGGAGGCCACCUCGGUUGCGUCUACGGAAAACCUCCGUAUGCCCGCGCCUGGGUCAUUGGCAGACCAGCUUCGCAAGCAGUUGGCUGCGAAGGGCCGGCCUCCGUCUGAGGCAAGCCCGCGUUCAUCCCCUCCAUUGCCCACGCUCCCAGAAGAAGCAUGUGGCUCAGAUUUGGCACGGGGAGCAACGUAUGGGUCUGAGUCCUCAUCCUCCCUUACUGCAAACGGCUCGCUACUUCUGUGUGCACCAGCUUCGAGCGAAACAUCUGCAGCUCCGCCACCACCUCCGCCUCCACCACCUCCGCCUCCGCCGCCUCCGCCUCCACCUCCGCCUCCAAUUUUUUCCCGCUCAAGAGCUGGUUCCUCGAUGCAACCUGCUGCGGGACCUCCGCCGCCACCUCCCCCGCCGCCACCGCCGCCGCCAAAUGUCCGCAUGCCCAUACUCACCGCCUCCGCAAGCGCUCCCAUCCCGCCGCCACCGCCAGGUAUGAGUCGAUCAGCAGGAGUAUCAGCAAGCAACUCCGCCCCAGGCACCGCACGAUCGUCGGCGUUGAUCAAUAAUCUACUCACCACACGUAAGGACUUGUCUAUCACACCAAGCACGAAAAUGAAGCAGCUACAAUGGGACAAGCUGCCCCAGCAGCAGGCGAUGAAGACCGUGUUUAGUGAAGAGGAGACGUUGAAGGAGGAGGAGUGGUUGCAAAAGCUGCGGAUUGAUGGAGUGUGGAUGGAGAUGGAGGAGGACUUCAAGGCGAAGCAGCUGGUCAUUAACCUGAUGGCGAAGCAGAGACGUGCUGAGCUUAAGAGUGUACUCGACCCUCAGACCAAGAAACGUGUCGAAAUCCUCAUUCAGACAGUCAAGAAACUGCAGCCGGAAGAGAUAGCCAUGAAAAUCAAACAUUUCGAUGGGCAAGUUUGCACCCAGGUGUUCCUCAGCGAACUCAAGCCUGUGCUGCCUAACCCGGAACAGGUCGGGAAGCUGAACGUAUAUCGCAACGCCGACGCCGAAGAGCUGGCCGGAUUGCAUCCAUCCGAUCGACUGAUGGUUCAGCUUAUCAAGAUCGAUAGACUCGGGCCACGGAUUGAGGGCAUGUUGUACCGAUGCAUGUUUGACGAGACAUGGUCGUUACUAGAUGACAGCGCUCGAAAGCUCUCAGAGGCUGGCAAUGCCUUGCUUCAUGCAAAGCACUUCAAGGAGCUUCUGAGUCUCAUCUUGCUAAUCGGAAACUAUAUGAAUGGUACUGGUGUCAAAGGAGGUGCCUUCGGGUACAGAGUGAGCAGUAUCAAUAAGCUCGUGGACACUAAGUCUGUACAUAACACGACACUGCUGCACUUUCUUGAACGCACUGUGAACAAGCAUUUUCCUGAGAUGGAAGCAUUCCUGGACGAGUUGAAUGCACCCGCGGAAGCCUACAGAGUCAGUCUGCAAGAUGUCCGCAAGAGUCUCGGGGAAUUGCGCGAAGGCCUAAGAGCCAUUCGGAAAGAGUUGACAGAGCGCUUCUCCGAUAUAGACCAGAACGAUCGUUAUGGCAAACAGAUGUGGUCAUUUGUGGGGAGAGCUACGGCUCAGCUCGAAGAUUUGGUCGACGAUGUCAAUCAUGCCGAUUCCAUCUAUUCAGAAGUGAUCAAGUAUUAUGGUGAAGACGAGACAAACAUGAACUCCACCGAGUUUUAUGGUAUCUUUAAGACUUUCGUUACAUCUUAUAGGAAAUGCAAGACAGACAAUCAGAAUCUAGCGGAAGAGCGAAUGGCCGCGGAAAAGCGGCGGCAGGUUGCUGAGCAGUCUAGAGCCAACAGACAGAAGGCAGCCGAGGAAGUUGCUGCUCAAGAGAGCGAAGAGAACUCUGUCCUUGAUGACCUGCUGGAGAAGCUUCGCAAUGGUGAAAACGUGGGUCGGAAGGCGCGCAGGAUGCGUCCGAGCGUUGCAGUCCGUCCAACAGCUUCAGUUGCUCUGAGCACAGACGUGUUGCUUGGCAGUGCGUCUGGAACUGCAAGCGAUACUGCCGACAUUGCUAAGGGCAUGCUUGCCCGAUUGAAAUCUGAUGGGUUCGAUGCGACACCGCUCGCUUUCACUGGUGGGACACGCCCCCAUCGGCGAGUAAGAAGGGGGUCAAGCCAUGCAGCCGCGCAGGCUGAACUAUCGACGGGAGAAUAUUCAACUUCUCCUGAUGAUCGUGACGCACUCAAUGAAGGCUCAACCGUAGGCGACUUUGUUCAAGACCCGGAACUGGAGAACGAUAUCAUGGAUGUGGUUAUCUGAUCAGCUCUCAUUCAGUUACCUAUGCAACUCAUUUAUACCCAUCCAUGCACUUUUCACUAUUGAUUUGCUCUUCUUUGUUGGCCGUGGACAUACUAAAUUAUUGGACUGCAAAUGUUGUAUUGCUAUCUACCUAAUUUGUGUUCCUGAC